UUAUAAAUUUAUAUUUCUCAUUAUUCAAUGCAAUUUUUUUAUUAUUAUAAUUUUUUUAAUAUUAAAAGAAAUAGAUAUAUAGAAAUAAUAUUUUUACUUUUCCAUUUUUAGUCUUCCAUCAUUCGACUUCGGUGUGGAUCAAAUCUGUAAAUGCUAACGUUAAUUUGAUUUACAGUUUUUUAUUUCUCACGUGUACAGAGCAGGGUUGCAAAUAAUGCAUUAAAAAUAAUAAUUAAAUUAGCAUUAUAAAUAAUUAAUUUUUUUAUUUUGUAAACCCAAAAAUUUUAAUUAAAAAUAAUUUGAAAAUUUCUAAUGUCAAAUACUGGAUUAAAAAAUUUAAAAAAAUUUUAAACUCAAGUUUAUAAUUAAAAAUUUAAUAAAAAUUUAAAAACUAAAUCUUUAAAAUUGUUUUUGAAUUAAGUUUUUUUAUAUUUUAAAUAUUUUUGAAAUAUUUAAUUAAAAACCCGGAUUGAAAACAUAUUUUAAUUACAAGUUUAUAAAUAAAAAUUAAAAAAAAUAUAUUUUUGAACUUAGUUUUUUCGCGCUUCCGUACUUAUUGUUCUACCAUUCUGAACUAGAGCUCGCACAGAAAAAUCAUAUUCAAACCGAAUAAUUAUUCCAAAAUUUUUAAUUAAAAAAUUUUAACUAAAAAAUUUAAAUAAAAAAAUUUUUAAUAAAAAAAUGUUUAAUAAAAAUUGGCAACUCCAGAUGGGCGUAUAUGUAUGUUCUCUGGAAAGACCUAAUGUGUUAACGUCGUCAUUCCGAUGGAACGGAUCUAGAGUGUAAAGUAGCAAUAGCGGUGAAUUAAGACUUCAUUAAUUGAUGUUAAAAUCACUUGCAAACAUUUAUUUUGUUUUUCUUAAAAGCCAUCAGAGAAAAAAUUUUCCAAAUUUUCAAAAACGAAACAGAAAAUAUUUUUAUGUAAAUUAUGAAAUUGUUUAUAGAAAAUGCAAGACUUUAACUCAACACCCUAUACUCAUAUAAUUUAGUGUGAGCGCUUGCUUUUAGUAACCCCUUUAAUGCGUCGUUAAUAAAUGUGCGACUCUCUUCGCUCUUACGCUGGCGAUUGCUCAAUUGCCGAAGAGCAUUGUUUAUUUGUUACUGCUGCUGCCAGCUUGUCUGAAGACUACCACAAACACUAGCAGAGUUGAGUUCAAAAUUACAUGCGCUCAUGAAAUUUAGUGACACAUUAGAGCGCCACUAAAGUGCAGAGUAGAAAGGCAACGUAAAAGAGAGCAAAGUCAUAAAAUAUACAGCAAGUAGGUAGGCAACUGUGUGUACCUUUUUCUAAGUGAAUAUCAAACGGGUUGUUUCAGGCCUUUGAAACAGGCAAACUCAUAUACGAAAUGAAAAAAUAUUUUCACAACUUGCUGCGAAAAAUACACAAAACAAAAUAAAACUAAUGCAGUGAAAUGUCAGUGAAUGUAAAGUGAAGCGAAAACAAACGAAAAACGCCAUAAAAUGUCAGAAAAUUAAUGGAAAUGACGAAAACUCAUCAAGAAAAUUUGUGCGCAACGCCAGAGCAGUUUUUAUUUAUUGCUUAGAACACAAUAACAAUGAACAAAUUGAAACAACAACAAAAACACACAAUAAAAACAACACCAACAACAAAGAGUGUGACAGCGCAUUGCUUAAGUAUAGAAAAAACGAAAAGAAAAUAAAAACUUAAAUAGAUAAACUAAACAAAAAAAAUAAAAAAAUAACAACAAACAUACAUAGAUAUAUGUAUAUGUAGUUAGAUACAUACAUAUGUACACAGAGUUUUUGAAAGAAGUGCAGAAGCGGCAGCGCUGAGCGAAAAAGAAAACGAAAACUUUAAUAUUAACAAGCAAACACCUUGAAAUUAUAUCAAAUAUCAAUAAACCGAAUAACAAGCGUAAUUCGCUGAAAAUUACACAAAUUUCGCUGAACUCAAGCGACGCAGUGGUAAACCGUACGAAAAUGGGACGAAGGUGUACUUUGUGGUUCACUUUCGGCGUGUUGCUCUUCAGCACGCAGUGGCUGGACGUGAUUAGCUCUACACUCGAGCGCAGUUCCGAGGAGUCAUACGAGGACAAUGCGAAGGCAAUAAAAACUCUCGAACCACAACAAGAUAGCGUUGACUUUUUCAGCAAUAAAGCCAUAACAAUUUCCAAUGAAUAUUUUUAUGAAGAUACCAGCGUUGAGCACGAAGAUGUGGAUCAUAAUUGGGAUAUAUUGAUAUUUACACAACAAUGGCCCGUAACGACAUGCUACCACUGGCGGGAGGAGGACAGUACACACGCCUGCAUUUUACCGGAAAAGAAAGAAUUCUGGACUAUACAUGGCGUGUGGCCCACAAAAUUGGGACAAAUGGGUCCAAGUUUUUGCAAUAAAACUGCCGAUUUCGAUUUGGAUCAAUUAGACCAGAUACUGGCGAAUUUGAAAACUUAUUGGCCCACCAUAGAUGGUCAACAGAAAUUGGGUUAUUUCUGGAAGCAUGAAUGGCUCAAACAUGGCACCUGUGCUGCAUCACUAGAAGAGCUGGAUAAUGAGCUGAAAUAUUUCACACGUGGACUGGCUUGGCGUGAACAGUACUUAAUGUCGAAUAUAUUGGGUAAUGCUGGUAUACAUCCGGAUUCGAAUAGCACCGUAAUUGCUUUGCAGAGAGCUAUAGUUGAAACACUCGGCAAGAAUCCAUCCAUACAUUGUAUUUAUGAUACUAAGCGGGAUAUGAGUUAUCUGGAGGAGAUACGCAUAUGUUUUACCAAACAAUUUGAACUCACCGAUUGUGACGGUGUACUACCGGGUGAUGCGGUGCCUAUCGUUUAUCCGGGCGGUACGGUUAUUACGAAUUGUCAUAUUUCGAAACCCAUACAUUAUCCUAGCAAUGUGCCACCAACAAUACGUCGGCAGGAGAAGAAAUGGAAAUUCCCGGUGGUGAACACCUUCAAAUUAAUACAACUCAUUAUGUGGUUUACGCUGUAAGAAGUAACUUGACACGCUUGUAAUUGGACAACGAACGAUGAGCGCGUGCGAAAACGAAAGAAUAUUUCUUAUACGGAACAAUUAUUGUCUUUGGUAUAUAUAUUAUGAAAGCAUUAUGGGGUUUAUACACGACUUGAUAAUUAUGUAUGUAGGUAGUUGAGAGAAAAUUUGCAGAUAUAUUUUUGGUAAUGCAAACGAAAACUUUUUAGAAUUGAGGCAGAAUAGUAUAAUGCAGAAGAGAGCGAAGUUUUAUACAUGAUACACAACAGACGGACGUACGUAUGUAUGUACCGUAUUUAGAAAAAUAUGAAAUAUAUGAGCAGCACACGCUUUACAAAUAUUACCGCUAAAUUUAGUAGUAAGUUUAUAUCACAAAAGUAUAUUAAUUAUUACAAAAAAAAAAAUAUAUAUAUAUAGUUUCGCUUAAUUUCUGCCGCUGGCAAAUCAUCAUGAAGGAUUAUAUGUAGAAAUUUCACAUUUAGUUUUUUUUUUAAAUAUUUUUCUGUGAAUACACUAUAGAUUAUGUUUACAUGCAAUAAAGCUAGGCAUAAAAUACUUCAAACUACAAAUUCGAUGUUUUAAUUUCUGAAACUACAAUACAACUAAAUACAUAACCUAAAA